AUGCACUCCUCGUUGGAGCCCACUACCUCGGGCAAGGCCACUGUCGCAACCGUAGAAGCACCCGGCCUCCACUCUACGGGUCAGGAGAACUUUGACGAAACCAUCCAAGAUGCCCAACUCGCAACCACAAAAGAACAUUCGAUGACUCUCUGGCAGGGUCUCAAGCUCUAUCCCAAGGCUAUCGGAUGGUCUGUCCUGCUGUCCACCGCUAUUGUGAUGGAAGGCUACGACGUUGUUCUAAUGGGAUCGUUUUACGCCCUGGAACCUUUCAACAAGAAAUACGGCGAUUUACAACCCGAUGGUACAUAUCAGUUGACUGCUCAAUGGCAAUCUGGCUUAUCUAAUGCUAUGGCCGUUGGUUCGUUCAUUGGAUUGUUCAUUACUGGGUUUGUCUCGGAGCGUCUUGGGUACCGGAGAACGAUGCUAUCUGCACUUACCGCUAUCAUUGGUGCAAUCUUCGUUCUCUUCUUCGCUCCAAAUCUGCAAACUCUUCUUGUCGGGGAAAUCCUUAUGGGACUCCCACUCGGUGUCUUCCAGACAUUGACAGUGACAUAUGCCUCCGAGGUGUGUCCCGUGGUAUUGCGAUGCUACUUGACGACAUAUGUCAACCUCUGUUGGGUAAUGGGACAGCUUAUUGCCUCUGGUGUGCUGCGGGGCCUCGUCACCCGGAGCGACGAAUGGGCGUACCGUAUUCCUUUUGCAGUUCAAUGGGCGUGGCCGAUUCCUAUCAUCAUCGGCGUGUUUCUUGCACCAGAGAGUCCAUGGUGGCUGGUACGACAAGGGCGCGAGGCCGACGCUGUAGCCGCCUUGAAACGAUUGACAAGCAAUUCAGAUGUUGACUUCAAUGCUGAGGAAACUGUCGCGAUGAUGGUUCAUACAAACGAGCUUGAAAAGGAGAUCGAGGCGGGAACGACGUACCUCGACUGCUUCAAGGGCGUCGAUCUUCGCCGGACAGAGGUCGUUUGUUUUACUUGGGCUGCGCAAAACCUCUGUGGUGCUGGUCUGAUGGGAUAUUCGACUUAUUUCUACCUCCAGGCCGGCCUAGCUACUGAGAAUGCGUUCAACAUGGCCCUUGGACAAUAUGCCAUUGGAUUCUUCGGCACCUUGUUUUCCUGGGUCCUUAUGACUCGCUUUGGCCGCCGAUCCCUAUAUGUAGGAGGACUAUCUAUGCUUUUUGUUCUUCUUCUCGCUAUUGGAUUUGUGUCUCUAGCCGGAACACACAAUACGGCUGCCUCGUGGGCUACUGGCUCCCUUCUCCUUAUCUACACCUUCAUCUACGACUCGACUGUAGGACCUGUUUGUUAUUCGCUUGUUUCCGAGCUCUCGUCGACUCGUCUACGCGCCAAGACCAUCGUUCUCUCUCGCAAUCUUUAUAACCUAUUUAGUAUUGUCAAUGGUGUCAUUAUCCCAUACAUGCUGAAUCCAACUGCGUGGAAUUGGCGAGGCAAAGCCGGAUUCUUCUGGGCUUGCUUUUGCUUUCUAUGUGUCAUCUGGACUUACUUUCGCCUCCCAGAACCAAAGGGCCGUACCUAUGCAGAGCUCGAUGUACUCUUCCAGCAAGGGACCAGCGCCAGGAAAUUCAAGGAAACUAAGGUGGACCCGUUCCAACAUGGUCUUGAUGGUAGCGAUGACAAGCCAGAGAAGGCGGAACUUUGA